UUAUUACACACUGGGGAGUUGCACCCUGACAUACUUGUGGCUGACCUGAUUGGUGCCCUCAGCUGAUGACCUUACCUGGCCACAGAUCUUAAUGACUACCUGGCCGGUAAAGGCUGAUAACAGGCCAUCAUCAUCAAGGCUUGGCAGGAACAUGAAACAGACUUGACGAUUUUGCAACAUGUCUACAACAUUCUCUGAUUCGGAGGAUUUUAAACCUGACUGAGUCCACUAAUACACAAGUGUCUGUAUGUACAGAGCUAUGCUAAUGCCGUCUCCCUGGUCCACAGAACUCCAGUCCUGAAAUCUUUGGAAUACUGGUACCUUAUCCUUGGGAACAUUGAGGACUCAGACAUUUACCCAGGAAAUUUGUUCGGCGAGGUGAUCAUUACCAUUUAUUAUUGGGAAUUAUCAACAGGGUUCCAGUCAUCACACCCCUACAUUGAUUUUGUGUCAGAAGACAUUUUGGCUUCAUGUAGCCGAUGUGAUUUGAUCAAGUUAUUGUUUUCUGGAUGUGAAGGCGUCUGUGAAGACUUCGGGAUUGACCUUUGGCAAAUCGUACAGUUUGCGUUAAUAGGAAAGUGGGCUAUGUGAGGUGUUAAUGAACAGCUUUUCACAACCAAUCCUUGUUACAUGGCCUUAAAACUGUGAGUUUGGAGGAGGAUAUGAAAGUUGUUAUGAUGGAAGACGAAUGUGACGACCUCAGUGAUCCUGGUGAUGUGGAGGAAUACCAACCUUCAUCCAGCUAUCAGAAGAUGCUGAAUAACAUUGCCAAUGACCUGGACCUGCUGUUAGAUGAGAUGUGUGACCUUUACCCCUACCCUGAGACAAGGAGUAACAACACCAAGUUCCAGUCAUUUGUGAAGACUCAACAGACAUACACAGACGGUAGUCCUGGUCUUGGAGAGGACAGCGCCUUCGGAACAUUGGCGUCAACAGACAGCUACUCCAGUGAGCAGAAGACUCGAAGUGACUCACUCAAAUCUGCUCACUUGGAUGUGUUUGGCCUCAACAACAAGGGAUUGGAGAUCCCUACGUAUCCAGAGAGGGCCCAGACUUCAGGAAGCGACUCUUGUGGUUCAGAGGGACGUAACAUCUCCUUUGUGGAGCGUCUCACUAAGACACAUGCGAUAUGGUACCUCUCAGAUGUAGGACGGUCCGGAGCUGUCCACUUACUGAAGGACCGCGACCCUGGGAACUUUAUCCUGAGGAAGUCUAGCCAGCCUCAGACCCUGGCCCUCAGUGUACAGUUCCCAGAGAAAGGGAUAGCCAAUGUGGAUCACUACCUGAUCAUGUCAACAGAGAACGGAUUACAGCUACAAGGCUCACACCACUACUUCUGUAAUGUGGCCAACCUGCUUGCUUUCUACCACCAGAACAUGGAAGAGCUUCCACAUGUGUUGACGCUACCUCCCACCAUCAUGCGCGCUCGUACACUACAGGAACUCAACUCACUCUCCUACCUGGGUCAAGACUUCUGGACAUCAUACAGGUUUGACAAAGGCUCUAACGCCAGCCUACAGGAGAAUUGUGGGACAAGGGUACAUACUGUGAUGCUCCACAAGUCCACCAGUGAACCAAUCAACAUACAGGGAACUGUUGUGGGUCCAGAGGCAUCAGGUCAUGUGGCCCUGAGGCCCUACACCGCCCAGUCUCUACAACACUUCCCCAACACACAUCGUCGUAACUCUCGUACUGUCUCCAGUCAGUCUAGUGGCAGUUCACGUGAAUAUCUCAAUGACAAGCAGUAUUCCCACUCUGACCACCAUAGACACUCCAAUCUCAGCCAGGACAAGAGUUCUUCAGGUCAUGAUAGGACUUCAUCUGAUUUAGGUUCUCAGUUAGGGGUAGUAGUGGUUCAUGAACGAUCUUCGUCUGGCCAGAGUUACACAGCUCCUAUACGACAGUCGUCUGAUGUAUCUCACAGUGAUCAUGAGAGAACGCCUUCGUCUGAGAGGAUAUUUCCAGUGAUUAGUCGACCUGUGCGUGAAGACUCCCCGUCUGGGUCUAGUCUUACAGACAGUGGUAAAGUGUGUGAUCGGUGUGGUGGUAGUAGUCGCUCACUCACUCCCCAUACACCGGGUAGCUCCUCCUCUCUCAACUCCAUAGACUAUAACUACCGGGAGGAGUCACCACUGUCACAUACACACCCCAAACCCGCGCCACGCAAAUCAAACCUGUACUGUACCACCUCUCUAGAUCUGCUCCAACUCCCUGAGAAUCAAUAUUUCAAAAGCAACCUGUCAGAUAAAAUGAGUGAUUAUGAAGAUAUUUGGAAGAAUUCCACAGCUCCCACCCCUGUGCCAUCUGUAAAAUGUUCAGUGAUUAAUACUCCUGUGAAUUCUGUGAAAGGAUCUGAACCAAAUACUCCAGUGUCAUGUGUAUCUAUACAAACUGAUGACUACACAAAGUUCCAUCAGACGGACAAUCUAAACAAUGUGCCUGUACAGAAGCCACAGCAUGGUCACAAAAACAUAAUGUACAAUUUAUCACAGAAUGACCUGGGUAAUGGAACAGGUGCUGGUGGUUCUAAUGUGGCCAAGGUCAUUCCUAAACGUCGCAUGCUCCGCGCUGUCAGUCUUGAUGAAUCCAAUAAGCAGAGCAAUCUCAGUGUGCCGAUGCAGGUAGACUUCGGGGGAUUCCGAGCAAUGUCUGAACAAGUUAUAGACCGACCAAAGGCAUCUGUUCAGACUCAGACGAGUCCCAUUCCCAAGUACAAACCUCCAUCUCUUCAUCUCCAAGGCAACAGUAGUGCUGCUUCAUCUGUUACAUCAGGCGUCAAAAGUCCAGUGUAUGCAGAGCCUUUUGAUGCCCUAGAUCCUGGUCACAUACCGGACCAGAAACAGACACCGAGACAACGACGUAGAUCAGCACCAGCUAUGGGUGCAAAUGUGCAAUCACGAAAAGUGUUAGGCAUGUCUCACAAUCCAAAAUUGGAGACAAUUUUCUCACCUCGCACUGAGGAGGAUAGUGAACACUUUAGCUUUAAUCAGUUUGGUGCUAAUAAACCUGCAAUAAAUCCUGCCAUGUAUAAACUGCCACCUAGUGGUGGCAAACAGAACAACAAAAAGGGAAAGGGAAAAAAGAAAAGUAUGUCAAAUUUAUCUGUGUUAAGUAGGGAUAACGUUAAUGAGGUUGUGAAGAAACUGGAAACUAUUCAGUGUGAUGACCAAAGUGUUAGUGACACAGGGAAACGGAAAAAUGUGGUUCCUGAAAUGAUGAUGGAUGGUAUAGCGUAUGACCCCGAGGAGCAGGUCACUCAAACGCUUAGGAAAUUCCCAGUGUAUCAAAAACAAGUGUCUGUGCGCUCCUGUCAGUCAGAAUACUCUACUAUGGAGGAUAUCAUUUCUAAUGACAACCCCUCAUUGACUGUGAAACCUAUCCCUGUGAUGCCAAUGAAAAACUAUCAUCGUGUUCUAUCGGAGUACGACAAUCUAACAAAUCAGUAUGCUCCCCCCUCUGCACGUUCACAAACCAGCACGGGCACUGAAUUCUGUAAACCAUGGGGAAAUAACUUCUUUGAGUCUUUAUUGAUAAAAACUAAUAAUCCAAAAUUGCCUCCUAUGGAUGUAAAUGAACGUAUACAGGCAUGGCGAACUGAUAGCCAGAAGUUCCGCCCUGUGUCAAGUGUGAGAGACAGUGUGAUCUCGAGUUCCACGUUAAUGGAGGAGGAGGAGGAGGAUAUCUGUGAUACGCCCCAGCCCCCUGUUAUACAGCCUCCACCCCUGCCGGAUGUCCCAUGUCCCAGUCACGUUGGUGAACACCACCUAGUGCCAGGCAUGGGAAGCGAGAGGCGGAAAGCCAGGGAGAGCCACGAAAGAGAUGAUCAGUCUGAGGCAUCUACAACAACUAACACAUUCCACAGUGUGACACAACCAAAGCCUUCAAAAGCACACGCCCAUACGGCUUCAAAAUCCCAUAAGUCCAAAAGUCAACAUCCUGAGACACGGAUACGAGACUACAUCACUAAGUUAUCAGAAAACAAGAGCACCACAUUUGGGAGUACGAUAGCCAACUUUAUACAGUGUACCAUAGAGAGUCCGGAGACAAACCCAGGCAUUGUCACCAGAAAUGUACGCCAGUUUAUGACAGGUAUCAGGAAUUACCUGGUUAAACAUGAACUAGAAGAUGUCAUAGAGACUGAGCGAACACGGUUGCGGUCUAAUGAGAUCCUGAAUGUGGAUGCUAUUAUAGAGAGAGCUCUCCAUGUAUGUGUGCUGCAGCCCCUCAAACAUUACAUCUACCAACUGUUUGUCGACGAAUACACCAGAAACGGCAGUGUGAAGAAUCUUUCUGAAAACAUCCGGUAUGCCAGAACUAAGUCUCCGGAAGAGAUAGGCUUGAGGCCUGGAAUCUCGCCCCCAGACAGUACUGUGAUGGAAUCUAUCAAGCAGUACCUUAUGAAGAUGCAGAAGGCAUACUCACCACUCAAGAAACUAGAGUAUCUGCUUGGUGCGACUUCCAUUAUCUAUCAGUGUACAAACAAGCCUGAUCACGCUAGACCUGGACCUGUCAUCAUGGGAGCUGAUGAUUUCUUGCCGAUGAUGAUAUAUGUAUUGGUGCAUUGUGGGUUUGUUACGGCGGAGAUAGAGUCCGACUAUAUCUGGGGCCUCAUCCAUCCGUCUCUACUCAAUGGAGAGGGUGGGUACUAUCUCACCUCACUCAGCAGUGCCGUACUCGUCCUCAAAAAGUUCCGUGACAUGCAGGAAACACAGACUACACAACACGAGGGCCACCUACCAGGUAUAGAGGACAUACAGGGCUUCCUGAAGGUCGCCAUUCCUGACGAACUCCGGGACAGCAUUAUCUGGAAAACGCUUCCUGUUCGACCCAAGAUGCACACAAAAGAUGUCUGUACCCUGAUAGCUCACAAGUUCAAGGUGACCAACCCUCAGGAUUACGGCCUCUACAUACUCAUCAAAGGAGAAGAGAGGCGAUUACAGGAUGCCGAAAUCCCUCAAGAUCUGAAGACGGAACUCCAGAACAACAGAAAAAACUGUGUUUUUGCUUACAAACGUACAGCGGCUAAUAUAGCCUGGCCGAUGUCUCUACAGAAAUGAGUGGUCGUGGUACCUGUGUAUUACUGAGGUCCUGUAGCCCAGCCGAUGUCUCUACAGAAAUGAGUGGUCGUGGUACCUAUGUAUUACCAAGGUCCUGUAGCCCAUGGAUGUCUUUGCAGAAAUGAGUGGUCGUGGUACCUAUGUAUUACCAAGGUCCUGUAGCCCAUGGAUGUCUUUGCAGAAAUGAGUGGUCGUGGUACCUGUGUAUUACUGAGGUCCUGUAGCCCAUGGAUGUCUUUGCAGAAAUGAGUGGUCGUGGUACCUGUGUUUUACCCAGGUUCUGUAGCCCGUGGAUGUCUCUACAGAAAUGAGUGGUCGUGGUACCUGUGUAUUACUGAGGUCCUGUAGCCCAGCCGAUGUCUCUACAGAAAUGAGUGGUCGUGGAACCUGUGUAUUACUGAGGUCCUGUAGCCCGGCCAUUGUCUCUACAGAAAUGAGUGGUCGUGGUACCGAUGUGUACUGAUGUGGGUACCUGUUUAUCAAUAAUUCUGAACAUGGCCCUUCAUGUUACAGAAAUUUAUUCUAGUCUAUUACCUUGAGAGUGUGACUGAGAAAUGUCAACGUAAUGGUGACAUCCUUGAAUACACUAAUCCAAGGCUGUCUUCAGGUCUAGGUUUGAGAAUGAAAACUAUCACCACUUCAAGUUGAGAUUUCUCUUAUCAUACCUUCAUUGUUGAAAAAGUUUGUAGGUUUUAUCAAUCAUGUUCCAAAACUACUGUUAUCAGCAUUUAUAAGCAGUUUUCUGUCCAAAAGUGCACAUCCUGCUGUGUGUCUAUCCAUUGAAGUUGAUAUUGUGAUGUCAUAUGUAUUGUUCCUGUGAUGUCAUUGUUCUGGUGACGUAAUCCUAUUGUGCAUCUAUGCUGAUGUUCUGGAAACCGGUCAAUGGGAGGCAAUUCUGUAAAGAGAGAAAAAAUUAAGGAUAUGACUUAGAAGAUAUGUAGAGCUGCACUACCUAAGUCUAUUGUACAUGUGUUCUUUCUCUGGAUUUACAACAGCUCUCCAAUGAGGUCUGAUGGACAAUCACAACUGAUAUCCGUAGUCAUCUCUGUAGACAUUUACCUUAAGUAUUGAAAGUGCUAAGAUGAUAUCAGAUUGAGAGGAUUAAAUGUAUAGUUACUGUUCCUACCUGGACUUUGACUGUGACCCUACGGAAGGUGAUCCUAUAGCUAUGGGCUGUAUUCAGGUACUUUUACAUCAGAUCCAAUAUGAUCAAGAAACCAUGAUGUUAACACUGGACUUCAGGCUUCACAACAUUAACACACCAGAAUCCUGUGUAAAUCAAGCAAGUUAAACACUGGAACUACAGAACCCAGAUGACCCUAGAUUUCAUCUCUUUUUUUUUCAAACAAUGGUGCUAUAUUUGUAAAUGUUUAUCCAUCGAAGGAUAAGGUAUGAGGGGAUGAUUUAGGCUGCAUAUUUUACAGAUUCUAAAUGGAAAUAGAAUCUUCCAUACUUUUACUACGAACUUGUCCCAAAGAAAAUAUCCAUAUAAAGAAUUCCUGUCCAUCUACCAUUUUCAUUUUGAAAGGUGACUUUGAAUCAACAAAAAUCUACUUGUUACAUGUAAUCCUUAAAUCAAAUACUGAAUUUUUCACUUUAAAAGAUAUCCACUUUUUAAAAAAAAACAACAAAAGGGCUAUCUUCAUAGCUUGCUACACCUACGCUUACAGUGGCAUCCAUCAGCAAUCGCUCCAUACAAAAAAACAUUGCUUACAGCAACUAUUCAUGAUACAUAUAUAUCCUACAUUUCAAGUUUAACAUUUUUAAAUGUCACAAAAUUUUUUUAUCAUUAUCAUAAUGAUGUGAACAAAAAAGGUUAAGUACACAGGCAAUAUUCCUUCACGUGCACGUGAAAUUCGUCAUGUGAAUUUCACUUGAAGGAAUAUUGCCUGUGUACUCUACACAAUACAUGUAUAAAAUACCCAACAUUUAAGAAUCUUGAUGACAUAUUUUAAUGGAAAAAUGUUGUUUUAACUAGUAUGUACACCAGUUUUAGCAGUGUUUCAUAACAUCAUGACUGCCACAUCCAUGACAGUCUUUUGACAACUUUUGAUACUCAUAAAUUUUUUAACUCUUGAACAUUUAUUCUGCCUGAUAAUUUUUUUACAGACCCUGUUAUAAUAUUUCACCACCAAUCAAUCUUCUCUAGAUUUGUCCUCUGUGAAAUCCAUGACACAGCGUUUAAUUAUGAAACAUAAGAGGCAGUUGUUAAACAUCGAUUUAAUGUCAUUUGACUGUAAUGCUUAAUUCAGACAUGGGUUGAUAUCAGCAAUUGGUCAAAUGUUGAAAUAUCUUUGUCCAAUUUUUCAGAUCAAAAUAUUUUUGUUACAAAGCAUUAGAAAUGAUUUUGUAUGAAAUCAGUAAUUUUUAUAUACAAAUGUACUUUACAAUACAAACAAUGAUAUUUAAUACCAGUGGUUGAGUAGUUUUGAUACACUUUACAAUACAUACUAAACUGGUAGAUUAGAAAUGCUAUUUAUGUUCCACUCCAAAACAGCAUACUAGUAUAUUAUUGUAGUUAAUUAAAGCAACUUUUCGUGUUCAGUGGCGACAAUGUGAGUAUUGAAGAAAGAUACGUUGUUGGUUUUUAAUAUGAAGUUGUAUGACUAACAAGAAUUGAAUGUUACCCGGUAGUACAAAGAUUGGGAGCAGGCUAUACUGAGCAAUCAGUUCCAGCAACUCCUCAUAUCUCCUGGUUGACAGGAAUGUAAACAUUAACAACCUGGAGGUUUUCAGAAACAUGCAUGUACUUUGUAUGAAAUAUAGUGUAAACUAUUUAAACACAUGAUAUACAACAUUUCCUCCUCACAAAAGUAUUGUUUUGAUUGAUACAACCAUAUAAUGUGUAAUUAAAAAAGGAAUGUUGAAAUUAGGUAGAUAAUGAGUUGGGGAAAGCAUCAUCAAUAUCGCUUCAAUUAUGAUAAAGAGUGUGAAAACAAAACAAUCUAAGGUAUUUCUAACUUUGAGAGUAGUUUCCCUGAAAAUUGGACAUAUGUUUUUCACAUGAAUAUCAUAAAACGUUUGACUUAAAGGUUGACCUUUUAGGUUAUAUGACAGGGGAGACAAUCACGGUUGAGGACGAUACCUAUAUAUCUCAGAAAACUAAUGUGAUUUAUUCUACUUUGGAUUGAUCAGUUUCUACAACAAACAGUUGACUUACUGAAAUCAUUACGAUAUUUUGAAGUUUUAACUGUAAACACAUCUUUUGUAUACAAUGUAUAUCGAGUCUGUUACUUGUUACGUGAUAGUGCUAGUUUUAUAUUGCUCACUACAGCAGCAUAAUGCAAAGUUUAUCAUUUCAGUUUGUUCUAUGCUACAGUUCCUUAUUUGCUUUACAUUUUAACUUUUGAAUUUCAAAGUUCAAUAAAAACAUCUAAAUAUUUUUGAAAAAUGGAUUAAGAAAUCCAAAUGUUUGUUAAUUUGAAUUUUGUAAAACAGUUGGAGGAUAUGUAUUGACGCUAGUACUAAGUUAAUGGAGGAUAUGUAUUGACACUAGUACUAAGUGAGAGUCUGAUAUUGUUAUCCACAUACAAUGUGUAUGUGCUGCUAUGUAGUGUGUACAUAUGUACAGUUGCCAUGUUACUUGUUAUUACCAAACUGUGCCAUAAUCACUCGGUCAAAUGGAGCUUCAGUUUCCAGUGACUGGGUUUUUAACAACUUCUUCCUAAAAUAAUAUUAAAAUGUUUAUCCAAAGAAUUCACCUUUAAAAGGUUGACUUUGGGAAGAUCAUCAGCAAUUUUAAGUAAAUGCUUGAGAAAUGAAUUAUUUAUUCUGCUAUUAAUAUAUGUUUACCUACACAAGUGUUGUACUGGUGUAAGAAUCCAAACAUGUGCUAUACUGUUAUAAUACAGAUAUCCUGUUGAUUACAAACACAACUUUGUUACUGGAGGUAUUGGUUAUAGCAGGUGUGCCAUUAUUUUAACGUUAUGUAGAGUUUCCUUGUUUUACAGUUACUUGUCUGUAGCCCGUUACUCGACAGGCUAGAGACCCCUUUAAUGUGUGUGUUGUAAUGUUACUAGAGCAUGUUUGACGAUAUUGUAUAGCUUUAAGUUACAACAGCAUAUUAUGUAAACUGUUUUCAGAAUACAUAAUGUUAUUUACAAUCAAUAUUUUCAUGACAAAAUAAAAUUGUUUAUAAAUUAUA